AUGGUUACUACUCGCCGUGCUGCUAGAGCGGCUCCUGAACACGAUAUAGUUAUGGACACUUCUCCACGAACGACCUCGACACCGCGGACGUCACCCUUCCUGCCGACACCUCUGGAGAGAGCUGGACUUGUCUUGUUCCCAGCGUUUCUGAUCUUCGGUACUAUCUUCUCCAUCAUCUCGCCGCAGACGCGUGCCGCACCAUACGACCCUGUCACGCAAUCGCAUAUCCAAGAUCCCAGCGCUUCGCCAAGUUACUUUGCGCGCAAGUCCAAUAUCUUCAACAUCUUCUUCGUCAAAAGGGGCUGGGCUUGGAUCACCGCUGCUUUCUUCGUCUUUAUCUUCAGCCAUCCGAGCACCACUGACGUGGGACGACGUGUCCGAGCCAGUCUGCGGUGGCUCGUUGUUACCGGCAUCUGGUUUAUCGUUACGCAGUGGUGUUUUGGUCCAGCUCUGAUCGACCGUGGUUUCCAAUGGACAGGUGGUCGCUGUGAGCUCGCCAGGAGAGAGAUCGAGUUUGGUGUCGAUUCCGUCGGAGACAAGGUCACGGCUGUGGCCUGCAAAGCUGCUGGUGGAAAGUGGAAGGGAGGACACGACAUAUCGGGUCAUGUCUUUCUUCUCACUCUAGGCACUGCAUUCCUUAUGCAGGAAGUUGGCUGGGCUGUACUGAGAUGGUCGGGAAAGAGAAACGAGGAACGAUGCGUCGUCAUGACUGAUGGAGCACUCAAGAGCGCCAACGUCGAGGCCGAAACAUCUCUGGGCGAAGGUUCUGAGCAACCUACUUUGGGCCUCGGUGGCAAAUUCGCCGUUGGUGUCAUUGGACUUAGCGUCUGGAUGCUGUUGAUGACAGCUAUUUACUUCCAUACAUGGUUUGAGAAGCUUACUGGGCUCUUGACCGCGGGUACAGCCUUUUACGUCGUGUACAUUGUACCUCGCUUUGUUCCAGCUUUCAGACAGGUCAUUGGUCUUCCUGGAAUAUAG